AUUCUCCGGUGCCAUAGAUGGCGCCAUUUAGCAAGAAUCAUAGUUUGAAGAUUUACCACGAAGGAAAUAGCUUUGUUGUGUGAGUAAAGAUGGCGAUGCCCCUUGGCUUGGGGCAUUAUUGUCGCUUGGCAGGACGAGUUAGGGGCGCAUUGUCCCGCAGACAAACGCGUGGGACACUUCUUCCAGCGAUAAGAUGGUAUAUUACCCAAACGGCGGGCAAUAACGUGCAGUUUAAGCUGGACGACAGGACAGCCCACAGCAGUCUGGACCUCUUUAAGAAGGAUACAGGUGUCAUCUAUCGGGUCCUGGGCCUAGACCCCAGCCAUGUCCAACAGAACCCUGAGCGCUUCCGUGAUUGGGCCGUGGUGUUCGGAGACGGGCGAAUCACAGGUGGCCGCCACUACUGGGAGGUGACAGUGAAGAAGUCUUCAGAGUUCCGUUUAGGCGUGGCUGAGGAGGCGAUGUCACGGGACGACUGCGUAGGCACCAACCGCUCCUCCUGGGUGUUCGGCUACGUACAGCGCAAGUGGUUCGCCAUGACAACCAACCAGAGGGUGCCGGUGCCUCUGGUGGGUAAGCCUGAUCGCGUGGGCAUCCUGUUAGACUAUGAGGCCGGCCUUAUAGGCCUGGUGGAUAUCCCGAAGGCCAAGGUGAUCCACAGCAUGAGGGCCACGUUCAGGGGGCCUCUCUGCCCAGCGUUUGGCUUGUGGGAUGGAGAGCUGCUUACACACUCAGGUCUGGAGGAGCCUGAAGGCUUGAAGUGAAGCAGAAGGAUCUCUGGACUCUGAUGGCAAUAUGGCAGGCAAGUGGAUGGCAAGGCGAGAGGGGGCCCAGGAGCGGCGAUGUGCAUUAACUCUUCCAACUUGGUUUUUGUAAACUGAACACUUACAGCGGGCAGCACUUGAACAUGUCUUUCAAAUCUCCCAUGAAGAGCAAUGUUCUCCAUCUGAAUGUAAAGCUGAAGUUUAUUUUCAACAGGGGAAGCAAGGAGUUGAUCCAAUCUGUAAUUUCACUGCCAUACAGACACAGCACAAUAAGUUGUGUUUUUAUUACCUCUCGUGUUCUUUUUUUAUUUUUAUGUGGAAUAAAUGGCAACAAUAUGUAGCCAUCCUGUGUGUAACAAGAGAUCAUUAGGUACUGGGAAUGUUGCUACUAUUGCUUAAUGUCUUGACAUCCUCCAUUAUCUUGUCAAACUUGAAUUUAACCAAAACCACGCCCUUUUGAACCUUUUGAUAUAAUCCAAUUGUGUGCUGAGAUUGCAUGCUGAAAUAAAAACCGUUAGACAUU